CCAACAACAAAAAAGGUCAGUUGAAAUUGCACUGUGGAUGUGUUAGAAUUCAGAAUUGCUUUGGGGUCAAAGUUAUAUUUCACUGUACAAUCUUACCUAUGGAUUGUGGAUCCAUGAAAUGGUGUGUCAGCAGUGAUGGAAAAAGUACCCAAUUGUCAUACUUGAGUAAAAGUAAAGAUAUCUUAAUAGAAAAUGACUCAGGUGAAAGUUACCUAGUAAAAUACUUGAGUAAAAGUCUAAAAGUAUUUGGUUUUAAAUAUACUUAAGUAUCAAAAGUAAAUGUAAUUGCUAAAAUACACUUAAGUAUCAAAAGUAAAAGUAUAAAUAAUUUCAAAUUCCAUAUAUUAAGCAAACCAGAUGGCACCAUAUUUUUAUUUAACAUUUUUUAAUGAUAGCCAGAGGCACACUCCAACACUCAGACAUCAUUUACAAACAAAGCAUUUGUGUUUAGUGAGUUCGUCAGAUCAGAGGCAGUAGGGAUGACCAGGGAUGUUCUCUUGAUAAGUGUGUAAAUUGGACCAUUUUCCUGUCCUGCUAAGCAUUCGAAAUGUAAUGAAUACUUUUGGGUACCAGGGAAAAUGUAUGGAGUAAAAAGUAAAUUAUUUUCUUCAGGAAUGUAGUGAAGUAAAAGUAAAAGUAGUCAAAAAUAAAGUACAGUACAGAUACCCCAAAAACCUACUUAUUUAGUACUUCAAAGCAUUUUUACUUAAGUGCUUUACACCACUGUGUAUCAGCUUACUCAGUGACACCCAUAGAACACACAUGUGAAGAGUUAACACAAAUGUUAGCCUUGAUACUCUUAUUAGGGGACUUUGUGGUAAAUCACCUCCCAGUCAGCCUAUUGUGCGUAUUUACAUUAAUGUUUCACUGUACAGCCUUACGUAUGGAUUGUGGAUCCAUGAAAUAUUAAUAUCAAUAUGCGUAAAUAGGCUGAAUAGUGAGGGCAAUUGCCACAGUUAAAGUUCCCUAAUUAGAGCUACAAUGCUAAUAUUUGUGUCAACUCUUCACAGUUAUGUUCUGUGGGUGUCACUGAGUAGACUGAUACCCCAAUUCCAUGGAUCCACAAUCCAUAGGUAAAGCUGAACAUUGCAAUAUGAAUGUUCAAUGCACAUUGUAGGUUGACUGGUGAACUAGCGUGUCUCAGUUCACACUGGUGUCAAAGACCUGCAAUAAGAUCUACGAGGCUAAUAUUUGUGUAAACUCUUCAUAGUUGUGUUGAGUAGACUGAUACACAAUUUCAUGGAUCCACAAUCCAUAUGUAAGGCUCUACAGUGAAAUAUGAAUGCCAAAAAUGCACAAUAGGCAGACUGGGGAGGUGAUUUACCACAAAGUCCCCUAAUAGAUUUAAUUAGGAUCCCCAUUAGCCGACGCCAAUUGCAACAGCGAACCUAAUAAGAGCUACGACACUAAUAUUUUGGUAAACUCUUCACAGUUAUGUUCUGUGUGUGUCACUGAGUAUGCUGAUACGCCAUUUCAUGGAGACGCAAUGCAUAGGUAAGGCUGUACAGUGAAAUAUAAGUAUGCAUCCAAAGAAAUUCUGAAGUCAAAUAAAUACACAGUGCAAUUUCAGCUGUCUUUUAUUUAUUUUGGUGGGUCAAAUUAGCUAACUAUUGUAUUUUGUUGAAUUUAUAUAACAACAUCCCAACCUUGAUCUAGUACAAAUGGCAUCACUUUCAAUGGAUCACGUUCAAUUGGGAACUUUUAAUUUGAAGGCGAACCGCAAAUGCCACGGUUGUGGUUAACCGUUAUUGUGGCUAGCUUCACAUAGGUCUUGGAGGGUGAACGCUACCUCCCACUGCUCCUGGGUCCUGAGCCCUUUUCUACGCGUACUGCGUGCAGCUGUGUGCAUGUCAUCGAGAGUACAUACUUGUAACCUAUUUAUACUUGAUUAUUUUCAAUAAGAGUGCCAUCACUGUUUUGGAUCCAAAAAACCAAAACGAAAGCCCCAAUGGUAAUGUGGGGAUAUCACAAAAGCACAGAAUAGAAAAAAGUAGAAAUCUUGGGCAAUUACUUUCAGAAGGUUAUUGAAGCAGGUGGGGCUACUACAAAUCAUGACAGCUUAGGAACACUACUACAGCCAGCUAUAUACAGUACAUCUCAACCUUCUCUCUCUCUCAGUGCCUGUGUGUUGUGUAGGACAGGAGCACAGAUAGAUCAGUUGUCCUGUUUCCCUUUUUAGGCUAUCACACCACCACUAGGACAGACUUGGCCCUGUUACAGCACCAGAGCUAUGUGGAACGCUGCUAUGUCAACAUGUGCUGUGGGAAGGCCAGGCUAGCUCAUACCCCAAAAUUGAGGAUUUGUAUUUCUGUGACUUGACACAGUGUUGCAUUUGGUUUACAUUUACAUUUGGUACUGCAUUUUAGUAAACAAAUGACCAACUACAUCACAUCCUUUAGAAUGAAUGGAACCUAGUGAAACGGUUUUCUGUUUGCUCGGGCGACUGUGCAAACAGGGAUUAUUAGAAUUGGUGCUAGGCCUAUGAGAGGGAUCCCAUCUGCUUCCUUUUGCUUUUGCUCAGUGCAAAUGUGGUUCCUUUAAUUUAAUGUUGACUUCAAUCUGGCCAGUCAUUUCAAACUGUCGCUAAGCUUGAAAUAAGAUGUUGUGCCCAUCAACAGAGUACUUAAAAUACAGACUGUUAUGUAGAUUGUGUUAAAAACAUUCGUUUGGAUGAUUAAUCUAUCUCAUUUUUGAAUUCGUAUUAUGAUCCCAGGGCUCUGUUUUCCAUAUGAAAGCCCUAACCCAGAUUAAACAUUCAUGUUUUUCCAGAGCAGUACAAUAAUAGCUCAAAGGCACAAUGUUAACCAUAGCUCAGCCCAAAAUGAAAAUCACUCCCCCGGUGUAACCAGAUGGGUCCCAGACAGGCAGUGAUGUGGGCGCUGCAUUGUGAAUGUCUGCUGGAGGCCCUUCUAUUAUUAAUUAAUGUGAGUGGCGAGACAGCGCUGCGGAUCAGUGGCUGCAAACCGUAGUGGGUUGUUUACUUUCUGGAAGGAAGGCGGCAAUGUAGAACUAAGGCCCUGUCGUUAGUGGCCUAGCAGGUCUUUAGGACCCCACCCUGUAUGUACACACAUACUCCCUAUUCCGUCAUUGAACAAAAAGCUGAAUACAUUUUUUGCUCGGAUUCAAACGAAUUAAAUCAGUUUGAAACAGUAAGUCCAACAGUCAUCAGAGGCAUAUAGAUGUUCAAUUGUGUACUAUUCCGUAGUAACAUUCUGUAGCCCUAGUUAAUAGAUAAUUCUAAACGAAAGCAGAGCGACUUCAGAGGGAACAUAACCCUCAGACAUAAAUUCAGCUGUCAGGUCUCUCAGAAAUGUUUGGUACGUGGGGCCAUGGGUAUAUGAGGCAGGGCAUAAGGACGUUGUGCUAAGCCUUUGCUGCUGCUUCUGCUGCUGUGUAUGUGUGUGUGUGUGUGUGUGUUGUGCGUGUGUAUGUGCAUGUGUGUGUGUGUGUGUAUGUGUGUCUAUGUGUGUGUCAUUGCCAGCUGACGCAGUGGUCAGAGCCUCGGAUGAGUCUAGUCAGCAGAUGAAGCCCAUGCCUGAUUGGACACUGGGGUAAUGACUUAACGAGAUGAAGGAUGUACACAAAGGGCAGUUCCAGGAUAUGUUAUCCUUGUUAUGGGAAACAGUUAAAGUAAGCAAAUCUCUCAGAUUUUACUUUGUAUUUUCCAUACUGACUGUACUGGGACUAACUGUUUAUAAAAUUACCGUUUUCUUUUAUACGUUAGUAUUGUUGUGGGUCGUUAAGAAGGUUCGCUUGGGGAUUUUUUUUUUGUCAUGAGUAGACAGACUGCAGGGCAAAUUCUUUCCUCCCUAUGUCAGCUCUUGUUUAGCAAAACCACACACCGUGACGUAAUCACAGCCCCAUUAUGUGAAUGGUUCCAUAGAAAUUGAGGCCAUCUAGUGGCCAUUGUAAUAAUGUAUUAACUUGUAAAGAUGUUAUAAUGUUACAAGGCAGCAAUAAUAGCCAUACAAAAAAAUGAAACAUACUUACAUUUGCCUCAUACUGCAUGUUUAUCCUGUUUGAUUUCCAUCAGUGUAAAGAUACCACCUCUCUAUCCACUCACUAUGGACAUCACAAGAGAUCAUAGGUCAAAUUGAACUCAAUUAAAUGUGAGGGGAUUCUGGUAGUACCAGUAAUCUGGAUUUCUCUCUUCCAUUGUUAAAGGAGGGGCAUGUAUCACUACUAGAUGUAAAAAAAAAAUCACAUCAAGAGACAUCUUUGUUAAAAUUGGCCAUGAGCAAGUUUCCUGAUCUGGCCAAGCUAAAUCACAAUGCAGUCAAAAACUUGAUUAAUUUUAUAAAUAUUUCCACACUAUGUGGUUGGAAUAAUAUUGUGAAAUUGUGAAAAUUAUCAUAAUACCCUUUUAGCAUAAGAGCUGUUUGAAAAGACAGCCUGAAUUUCCAGCAUGUUUUGCUGGGAUGGAGUUUUGGCAUGCCAGGUGAGAUCACCAAUGGCGUAAAUGUGUUAAUAGACCAAUAAGAAAGAGAGUUCCAAACCUCUCUGCCACUUACAGCUAGUUCACAGAUUUCCCCUACCCACUCAGAAUAAAUAAAGUAGUAAAAUUCUUGCUUGAGAAAUGUAUCUUUACUAAGAAUCUAUUUUUGUUCAUUUUAACUCUUUUAAUUGAAAACAAUCACAGUAAGGUGCUUAAUUGUUACCCAGAAAUGAUUUGAUAUUUAGAUAAAAAAACGUCUGCAUUGGACCUUUACUGUAGCGCAACCUAUCCGGUUGAAGGCAGAUCUAACAAACACCCGAAUGAUUGGUGGACAGGUUACCACUGUGUUUCCCAGGUUGCACCACCUACAUGAGGUGACCACAGGAUUAGUGGAAUUAUUGAGCCCUGAUUAGUUAUCUGGUACAUACAAGAUGCCACAAGAGAAACACACUCAAACAAACGCAUGGACACUGACAUCCUACUGUGGGGACUGAGGAGAAGAUGGUUGCCGCUGUGCUCCCCUUGUUCUGUUUCACCACAACUGAACAUGUUCAACCUGAUGACCAACUGCUGCAGCUGGGUCUCCAAGAUCCAGCAACCCAUCAGGAAAGUCAAUGUACUCGUGGUCGGUCUUGAUAAAGCAGGAAAAACCUCCACUGUCAGGGGGAUGUUAAGAGUGCCCCCGGUGGACGUGGGUCCAACACAUGGGUGUGUCCGCACGGAGCUGAGAGUGGAGAACUUCCUGGUCACCCUGCUGGACAUUAGUGGGGCCCCGGAGGUGCGGGGGUCCUGGAGAGAUCUCUAUGGGGAGGUCCAUGGGUUCAUCUUUGUGGUGGACUCCAGUGACCGGCAGAGGAUUAAAGAGGUCAAGGAACUUCUGACGGACCUGCUGAAGCAGCCUAGAGUGGCGGGAAAACCACUACUGGUGCUGGCCAACAAGCAAGACAAGAUGAAUGCCCUGCUGGGAAGUGAGAUAAUUGAGCUCCUGUCUCUGGAGAGACUGGUGAACCAGAGCCGUUCUCUGUGCCACAUUGAGCCUUGCUCAGCCUUAAUAGACCUGCGGAGGUGGACAGACAGGAAGACGCUGCGGGGUCUUCGCUGGCUUUUGCGUGCUGUCAAUCUGGAUUACCCAGAACUCUGUUCUCGCAUAAUCAGGGACAUCAGGGACAGGAGACCUCUAGCACCAGACGAGAGGGACAGGCGUGGGAAGAUAGAGAGGAGCAGCAAGCCAAAAGAGGAAAGAAUCCGUGCCAGCAAAAAUGACCUUCGUAAAGUACAAAGCCCUCAAGAAAAGGACCUAAGACCCAAGACCCCCUCACUACAACCCAUUCGAAACAUAUUGAAAAAGGAGAGCACUCUGAAAAAGAGGCUUCAUAAAAAGAAGAAACAACAGGUGAAGAUUAAGGACACAGACGAGAAAAGCGAAGGAGAGAAUGCGGAGGAGGAGGAGGGGGAGGAAGGUAGCACAGAGGCAGACCCAGAACCCAGUGUGCGGAAAGAGAAGGCCAACAGUCCCCUAAUACCUCCGAAACGAAGGAAGCUGAAACGUAAAGCCAAAGUGAAGGAAGAGACCCAAGACCUCCCAGAAUCAGUUGACAACGAAGACAAAGACAACUCAAAUAAAGGGGACAAGAAGAAGAAGAAGAAGAAAGUGGUGAAAGUGAAAAAGAACAGGAUAAACUCUGAGAAGAUGCCAGGAGCAUACUCCCAGCCAGUUGACCUCUCCGCGACCUUUGAUCUUUACCGAAAAGCCAUUUUGGCUCUGAAAGAGCGACAUAAUCAGGGCCAGUGAGAGGAGAAGGCUGAGCUAGAGUCCUGUGUCCAGUGUGUGACGACGCAGUCUGCUAUCCUGUCAAGGGCAGCACUCCAGUGAUUUAGGAACACGCUGAGACACCUUAGUGACUCACCCCCAGCCUCUUCCCUACAAACCACCCAGACCGCUACCUGACUGACUGACUGAUUGACAGAGGGAGACAUGCCCUGCCUGCAACUCCUCCACAACCUCCUUGUCCAUUCUAUUACCUCACAUUGCUAACGUGUGGAUUACAACUGGAGUUUUCAACUGCUUUUGAAGGACAAUUUCAAACUGCUUGAUAGAUGUUUUUCUUAGCUGCUACUGUGUAGGAACUGCAAAGCCAAUGCACCCCCUGAGAAAUGUGUGUUUAUUUUAUCUCACCAAAAUAUGUUAUAUGAAAGAUGUAUUUAUUAGUGGUUAUUUAAUUAUGUGCAGUAAAAGUAAACAGUUGUUUACAAACAUGAUCAAUGUACUGGCCGAAAUAUUUAAAUCCCUCUUCAUAAAUAUGAAUAGAGUUUAUCUGUUUAUAUUGUAAUUUUGAUGGACAAAGUGACAUGCUUUUGUAAUGUUCGUUUGCUUUUUAUAUGACUGUUUGAAAAAUGUCUCACAGACCCUGUUUUUCAACAACAGCAAAAUGGUCAGUGAAAGGAAAAUAGAAUUUUAAGAGAUAACACCACCAGGUCAAUUUUUGAAGAAAGAACAAAUACAAAACUGAGAUGUACAAUAAACAAUCACGUGCUUCCUUUACAAUGUA